UUGUAUGGGUUACCAAAAAUACACAAGCACAAUGCUCCACUACGUCCUAUAGUGAGCCAAAUCGAUUCACCAACUUACAGAUUGGCUCAACACUUAGCGAAUAUACUCUCACCGCUCAAGGGACAUACAAGAGCACACACAAAGGAUUCCUACCAUUUUGUCAGCGAGAUUAAAGACCUACAUCUGGCAGACAAUGAAACUAUGGUGAGUUUUGAUGUGCAGUCUCUGUUCACAUGCCUACCUGUUGAAGACUGCAUCUCGAUUGUUACUAGAAGGCUAGAAGAAAACAACAUGCCCGUAGAAUAUGCAGUAUUACUCAGACACUGCCUUACAUCUGGCUACCUAUUGUGGAAGGAGGAGUUCUACAAGCAAGUAGAUGGUGUGGCGAUGGGCUCACCUGUAUCUCCCAUUGUUGCCGAUAUAUUCAUGGAGGACUUUGAGGAGAAAGCCCUGCUUACUUCUCCCAUAAAGCCAAGAUUCUACAAGCGAAAAAAGACCCAUACAGAUAGAUAUUUAAACGGUGAUUCUCACCACCAUCCUUCACAGUUAGCUACCGUGGGUAAAUCUUUGUUUCAGAGAGCACGAGGGAUCUGUGACAGUAAACACCUGGCCGCCGAGCUCCAACACGUCAAGCAAGUUUUGCACGACAAUAAGCUUCGGGUCCCGCGCCUACGUCACAGUGAACGAGUGAAGCCGGCCACAGUCGAGCGAGUGCCUGCUGUACUGCCAUAUGUCAGAGGUGUCACUGACAAGAUUGGCUACAUCUUGAAGCGUGCUUCCAUUAAAACAUAUUUCAAGCCGCCGAAGAAGAUUAGUCAGUUUUUACCAUCAGUCAAGUGUAAUAUUCCUCUGCAAGAUGCAGGAGUGUACAAGCUGGAUUGUGAAUGUGGUCUCUCUUAUAUAGGACAAACUAAAAGAUCCAUAAAAACCCGCGUUAAAGAACACAUAGCUGAUGUGAAGAAUAGACGCUCCGGGAAGUCUGCAGUCUGUGAACACGUACAGGAUCGCCCCCGUCACUACAUUAGAUUUGAUAGACCACAAAUCCUCGCUAAAGAACACUGA